UCACAAAUUGUAGGAGUAUGUUCGAAAUUUCGAAAUUAAAUUAAUUUUUUCAAUUUCACUAUUUUGAAAUUGAAAAAGAAUUCUGAAUCGAAGCUGAUGUUAUAAUUAAGUCGUACAGACGGUAAAUCCUAUCACAGAGGUACUAAUUUCUAGCAAAUAAUUCAAUGAUGUUAAAAACUGUACCUAAUGCAGAUUUGAAGUGAAACUUUCGAAGCUUGGUUGGAUUCAAUGAUCUUACAUUUUACCCGACGAUUGGAAGGAAUAUAGGAAAUUAUAGAAGUUUUUUUCCUCCAAACAAGUGGAACUGCAAUAAUUUGCAUCUUAUUAACUGAAUGGAAUAUUCGAAAUAACUUUUUGUAAAACGCAGAGGGUUGAAAUUCUAUGUGCUUCCUGAAUGAUAAUUUUCUUUCGUUGGAUUCCGUUACGAUUUCGUAUUUUAUGUUUCAAGAAUGGGUUUAAACAGCUCGAUGAAGAUGCUAUGUCGGACGUAAAUGGCUCAUUAAAAUGCAAAAGACCAAACUUCGCCGGUUAUAAACUGUUCAAACGUAACUCAUACGUUAUGAUAUACCGCUCGUACGAUGCGUACAUUAAAACCCUACGGAGUUUAGAGGUGUAAAGGAAUAAUUUCACGCAGCGUUUCUCAAAGUUGUAAUUUUCGAGCAGUACUUCGUUGAAUUAUUUCGUUGGAAGCAGCUGCAGCAUUCCAGUUUCAACAUGUUUUCCAUUUUACGAGGUCGUACUCAUCUAUCAAAGAAAUUAUAUUCAAUCUAUAGCGAUAGAGUCACAAAAACACUGCCCAAUUUACGAAGUUACGUUCAGUUAUCUAAAAAUAUUUCUUACGUGCAAAAAAGUGGCAGCUCGCGAGACCAUUCUGAUGCUUCGAAGCAGAUGCUUCAUACUCAUAACGAUAUUUUAAAACCAGUAUCUUUCAGUUUUCCAACCCACCCCGAUUUUUCUCAAAAAUCGCGACACAAUCACGCAAAAAGCGAAACGAAGUCAUUUUCUACGUAUCAAAACCACUCCGAUUUUUCUAAAAAGUUAUCUUCCACGAGCAAAGAUAAAAUGGAUCAGAUAAGCACUCUGGUUGAAGAAUGGACAAAGCGUUACGAUUCUUUGGGCAAACUUGAUGCCAAUACUGUCUGCGGUACUUUGAAUAUACUAUCAAGAUUUCAUGUUUUUGAUAAGAAAUGGAAUAAAAAAGAUCAGGAAAACUUUAAAAAGCUGAUUGUUAAAAUAAUAGUGAAAUCGAAUCAAUUAUUUGACACGAAUCGUCAACCUUUUUAUAAAUUGAAACCGUGGCAAAUCGCGAAUACCUUGAACGCUCUGUCUGGAUGGAACGUAUUUAGAAAAGAUACCUGGAACAUUACCGUUCAAGUGUACGGUAAAGAAGUUACCGAAGUCCAGCUGUUCAAGUCUGCCAUCGUUAAACUAAUCCAUCAAGGAAACUGUUUACUAGAUCCUAGUAAUAAAACAGUCGAUCAGUUUGAUUCUCAAGCUGUAGCCAACAGCUUGAAUGCGAUGUCCAAAUGGCACAAGAACGAGUUAGAAGGAGCUGACGAGUUCGUUGUUAAAUUAAUGAAACAAGGUUGUACGGUGGCCGGUGGAUUCGCUCCAAUGCAGCGUAAUAUGGAAGAUGAAAAACACACUUGUAUGGAAGUCAUGAGAACGUUAAAAGCUAUGUCCAAUUGGCACAACGAGGAAUUACAAGGUUCUAAAGAAUUUAUCACUCAAGUACUUGUGAAAGGAACUUCACUCGCUGAUAAAUUCGACUAUAUAGACAUCGCCAACGGUCUAAACACAUUAUCUAAAUGGAACAUCAAUGAUUUCCCAGAAGCCAGAGGAUUCAUCGUUCUGCUGAUCAAACGAGGAAAUGCGAUUAUCGACCAAUUCCACAGCCAACAAAUUUCCAAUUGUUUAAACGCGCUGUCUAAAUGGAAUACCAACGAAUUACAAGGCUGUAAAGAAUUUAUAUUUCAGUUGGUUAAACGUGGAAGUGCUACAGCCGAAGAAUUCAACGCUCAAGAAAUUUCCAUGAGUUUGAACGCUGUGUGUAAAUGGAAUAUUAAUGAAAUACAAGGAACUCGAAAAUUUAUUGUCGAGUUGGUAAAAUGCGGAAAUCUAACGGUGAAUACGUUCAAUUCGCAAGCAGUUUCCAAUGCUUUAAACGCAUUUUCCAAGUGGAACAUCGACGACUUCGAAGGUGCUAGAAAAUUCGUCAAUCAGUUAAUCGAACGAGCAAGUUCUACGAUCGAUGGAUUCAAUUCUCAAGGAAUUGCCAAUAGCUUGAACGCACUUUCAAAAUGGAACAUUGACGAGUUUCGAGGAUCCCAACAGUUCAUCGCCAAGUUAGUUCAACGAGGCAGCGCUAUAACAGGAAGAUGUGAUUCCCAAUACAUAGUCAGCAGCUUGAACGCUCUGUCCAAGUUUAAAAUAGACGAGUUGCCUGGAACUAGAGAAUUCAUCGUUCAGUUAAUAAAACGAGGCAGCUCUUUGGUUUUUGAAUUCAACUCUCAAGAUGUCUCAAAUUGUUUAAACGCUCUUUCAAAAUGGCAUAUCACCGAAUUUCGAGGGUAUAAAGAUUUCAUCAUUCAGUUAUUCAAAAAAGGUAUUACAACGAGCGAUGAAUGUAUACCUAAAGAUAUAACUGUGAGUCUGAAUGCUCUAUCUAAAUGGAAAAUAAACGAAUUACCCGGAGCUAAGGAAUUCAUAGUCAAGUUGAUACAACGAGGAAGCUCGACAGUGGGCAGAUUCGAUUCUCAGAAUAUUGCCAACAGUUUGAAUGCGUUGUCUAAAUGGAAUAUAGAUGAUUUCGAAGGAAGCAGGGAGUUCAUUAUGCAGCUUGUAAAACAUGGGAAUUCAACAAUCGGUUCGUUUGAUUCUUCAAAUACCUCGAAUUGUUUAAACGCCCUAUCUAAAUGGAAUAUCGGCGAGUUCCAAGGAUCCGAAGAAUUCAUCGUGAAGUUGAUUAAACAUGGAAGUUUUUUAAUUGAUACAUUUGAUCCUCAAGGUGUUGCUGCCAGUUUAAACGCGUUAUCAAAGUUGAAAAUCGAUACGUUAAAAGGAGCUAAGGAAUUUAUUAUUCUAUUAAUAAAGCGAGGGAAUUCAACAGUCGACAAGUUCAAUUCUCUAAACAUCACUAGUAGUUUAAAUGCUUUAUCGAAAUGGAGUAUCGGCGAAUUCAAAGGAUCCAAAGAGUUCAUUGUGGAGCUGAUAAGAUACGGAAAUUUACUCGUUGACGAUUUCAAUCCUCUACAAAUUGCAGGCACUCUGAAUGGUCUGUCGAAAUGGAACAUCGGCGAUUUUCAAGGUUCUAGAGAAUUCAUCGAUCUAUUAGGUGAACGAGGUUGUUCAAAAGUUGACGAAUUCCAACCUCAAGACAUUACCGCCAGUCUAAAUGCUUUGUCUAAGUUGAAUAUUAAUGAAUUUCGAGGAAUUGACGAAUUUAUUGUUCGAUUAAUAAAGCGAGGGCAUUCGACAGUCAACAAGUUCAAUUCUCAAAGCGUUGCUAAUAGUUUAAAUGCCUUAUCUAAAUGGAAUAUCAAUGAAUUCGAAGGAUCAAAAGAAUUCAUCACGGAGCUAAUAAGAUACGGGAAUGAACUCGUCGAUGAAUUCAACCCUGUGCAAAUUGCAGGCAGUCUGAAUGGUCUGUCGAAAUGGAACAUCGGCGAUUUUCUAGGAGCUAGAGACUUCAUUGAUCUAUUAGGUGAACGAGGUUGUUCAACAGUUGACGAAUUCCAACCUCAACAAAUCGCCAACAGUCUGAAUGCAUUGUCUAAAUGGAAUAUUAAUGAAUUUCGUGGAGCUAGAAAAUUUAUUGUUCGGUUAAUAGAGAGGGGGCAUUCAACAGUUGAUAAGUUCAAUUCUCCAAACAUCACUAUUAGUUUGAAUGCUUUAUCGAAAUGGAAUAUCGAUGAAUUCAAAGGAUCAAAAGAGUUCAUCGUGGAGCUGAUAAGAUGUGGUAAUUUACUCGUCGACGAAUUCAAUCCUCUAGAAAUUGCUAGCAAUCUGAUUAGUCUAUCAAAAUGGAACGUCGACGAUUUUCAAGGAGCAAGAGAAUUCGUGGAGCUAUUAGUUGAACGAAAACGAGGUUGUUAACAGUUGACGAAUUCCAACAGUCUGAAUGUCUUGUUUGAAAUAUCAAUCUCAUUGUACGAGGUGUAUAAAAAUGAAGAAUUUUUUAUGUGCUUUUCGAAUUUAUUUUAAUUUUUAAUAGCCUGUUUUUUAAUUUUGUAGUGUAACUAGUAAGUUUAUCAAGAUUUCCUAUUCUGUUAUUUUUCAAUUUUUUUUUUUUUUUUUUUGGUCAUCUGUAUUUUAUCGAAUGUAAUUUUCAAUAAAUCAAUUAUCAUUGAAA